CCCAUCACUGUACAGCAGGCAACACAGGACGAGUCCUUUCUUGCGUUCCUUUGUGUUCGAGUGUUGAAUUACAGUGUCAUUUUACCGCAGAGGGGAGAGAAAACCGGUCGGAGGAGGUGAACGGGUUCGGGCCUCGGUUGGAGGAGGUGGAGUGACGUAGCAGUCCGCACACACACACAUACACACACAUACAAACACCGGCUGCUGCUGCUGCGCCUGCCAGGAUCUCAAUGUAGGGAAAUGACCGCGAGUGACCUCAAAGGAAACACUGUAUUUUAGCGCUGCUCGCGUUUUUAUUUUACACUACAUUAAAGCAAGAAUGGAUGUUGAAUUUUAGGUAGACAUUUUUACGGUAAAAUCACGUCAUAUCACGGGAAAGAGUAGCGUUAGCUAAUCGCUCGGCUGUCUCACUAGCUUGCAAGUGGCUAACAUUAGCUAGCUAAGCUACAGCAGCCCGGUUUGUCAUUGCUAGCGGCCGGGCUUGUACAUUUUGUUUCCCGCAGAUGCUAAGCUAAGCUAGGCUAGGCUAGGCUAGCUGCUGCCAUGGAUAAAGCAAAGUCAAUGAUGGACAAGAAAGGAGCGUCGGGACCCUUUCAUGUCAACAACGGGCAGAGCCAGAGGGGGUUUCACGGCCACGUCGUUGUGGCUGCUAAUGGCAGUUGCUGCAGCGGCAAUGCGUUCGGCUCGAGCACCGGACCCAACUGCAGCAGCACGUUUGAGAACAUGCAUCAUCUGCACCGCAGCGACGAUGCAGAGUGCAACGGGUCCCCAGCCAAGAGGUGCAGGCUGCGGAGGAGGACGGAGUCGGUGAGACGGAACAGACCCCCCUUCCCCUGGUUUGGUAUGGACAUCGGUGGCACCUUGGUGAAGCUGGUGUACUUUGAGCCAGUCGAUAUAACUGCAGAGGAAGAGCAGGAGGAAGUGGAAAAUCUCAAGUCCAUCCGUCGCUACCUCACCUCAAAUGUGGCCUACGGUAAAACAGGCGUCCGUGACGUCCACCUGGAACUGAGGAACCUGACCAUGUGCGGCAGGACGGGGAACCUGCACUUCAUCCGCUUCCCAACACAGGCCAUGCCCCGUUUCAUUCAGAUGGGACGCGACAAGAACUUCUCCAGCCUGCACACGACCCUCUGCGCCACCGGGGGCGGGGCGUACAAGUUCGAGAACGACUUCCGAACGAUGGCCGACCUGGAGCUGCUGAAGCUGGACGAGCUGGACUGCCUGAUCCGUGGCCUACUGUUCGUCGACCGGGUGAGCUUCAACGGACACCCAGAGGGCUACUACUUCCAGAACCCGUCAGACACCCAGAGCUGCGUGAAGAAGCCCUGCACCCUGGACAACCCCUUCCCCAUGCUGCUGGUCAACAUCGGCUCUGGGGUCUCCAUACUGGCCGUGUACUCAGAGAACAAUUACAAACGGGUGACUGGGACCAGUCUGGGAGGAGGUACGUUCCUGGGCCUUUGCUGUCUGCUGACGGGCUGUGAGACGUUCGAGGAGGCGCUGGAAAUGGCCAGCAAGGGAGACUCCACCAACGUGGACAAACUGGUGAAAGACAUCUACGGCGGAGACUACGAGCGCUUUGGCCUGCAGGGCUCUGCUGUCGCAUCUAGUUUUGGUCACAUGAUGAGCAAAGACAAGAGAGACAGCAUCAGUAAGGAAGACCUGGCCAGGGCCACGCUGGUCACCAUCACUAAUAAUAUAGGAUCCAUAGCACGGAUGUGUGCUGUUAAUGAGAAAAUCGAGCGUGUGGUGUUCGUGGGGAACUUCCUUCGUAUCAACACAGUGUCCACAAAGCUGCUGGCCUAUGCCAUGGACUUUUGGUCUAAAGGACAAUUAAGAGCCCUCUUCCUGGAACAUGAGGGUUAUUUUGGAGCUGUGGGGGCGCUGAUGGAGCUUCUCAAGACAACAGAGGACCCAUGAAGGAAACUGUGUGACAUCAUCAACCCUCGACAAGUCGAUGUCAUCUUUCCCUGGACGCUGUGAUGUCAUCAACUCUCGAUGCUGUGACGUCAUCAACUUUUGACGCUGCUGAAAGGUCCCGUUCAUAGAGGCCGAGAAAGGAACACUAAGAGAGAGACACAGAAACUGAGAAAAGCCAUUUUAAUAAUUUAACACUUGUAAAUAAUGAUAACCUCUAAUAUCCAUCUCCUAAAUUUCCCAAACAGAGUCCCCCUAUCAUAGAGGUUUUAAUAUUGUAAUCUUUAAUUUAUGGUUUCCUGUAAUCAGCUCUGUUGGUUCCUGUCAUCAGUCUUGUGUCAGGAAGCACAGAGACAGAGUAUUUUAGUGUUUUUUGUUACUGUGUGUGUGUGUGUGUGUGUGUGUGUGUGUGUGUGUGUG